AGAAGAGGUAGGAUCUUUAUUCUUGCCGCCAUCUUCAUUCUUUCUCACUUACUGAGAUUCAGCCGUGGUAACUAUGAGCGAGCAUGUAAGAACAAGAUCCCAAUCCUCAGAAAGAGGAAAUGAUGAAGAGUCUUCCCAACUGACUGGACCUGCUAUUGUCCAGCAGCUCACUGAGGAAAAACGUCAAGAAGAGGAACCACCAACUGAAACCCAGGGUGUUGCACCCAGUGGGGAGAUCGAAAAUGAAGGAGCACCUGCGGUUCAAGGGCCUGAUGUUGAAGCUGUUCAACAGGACUUGGCUCUGCUUGCAGUAGAGGAUGAGCCUGGAGAUGGUCCAGAUGUCAAGGAGGGGAUUCUGCCCACUGUUGAUCCCACUAAAGUGCUGGAAGCAGGUGAAGGGCAACCAUAGAUUUAAACCAAGACAAAUGAAGACCGAAACCAAGAAUGUUGUUCUUAUGCUGGAAAGUUGACUGCUAACAUUCUCUUAAUAAAGUGUUACAUUUUUCUGCA